GAGACGAGGCAGAGGCAGAUGAUCAAAAGGCACAUCAUCACUUUGCCGACAUCCUCUUUUUAAAUUGCAUUGUUUCUAGGAUCUACUUGGGAGCAGACGCAGAUCAUACACAGGCAGGCUGGUGUUUUCACCAUGGCCCCAAAAGGAGGAACGUUUUUCUUUUUACUCAUCGUGGCCAGUGCCGCCUUGGCUGAGCCACCAGGUGAGAUGCCUGAAGAAAAACCUGACUUCAAGAAAAUAUCUAAAAAACUGAUGAAGACUUGCAUUAAAAAGGAAUACCAGGCGCCUAAGCUGAUGGAGCUGAAAGCUCUCUACAGAAACAGUGACUUGCCUGUGGCAGACAGAGACUCUGAGGAAUCCAACGCCAUCAUAUCUGAUUUUGUCCAAAUGCUCCAAUCAGUCCGUCCUGCCAAAGCCAACAAAGACCCACAAGUCAAUACAAUGCCAAACAAGAAUUUGAAACUCCGCAGUCUUCUAACCAUGAUCAAGAUGAUGAGAAACUCCCCUGCGGCGUCUGCAUGUUAUAUGCAAGCAUUUGUGGCUCCUCUGUCCUUGAAGAUUCUGACCUCUCACUGCGACAACAACAUGACCACAGACGACUACAACACACUGCAAUGGGCUGCCAAACCUGCCCUGAAGUAUAUGCUGUUGAGAGGAAUGAAUCUUCCUCCCAAUGUUGACCUGAACAAGACGAUGGAGGUAAUGAACGAGGAGCAUGGUGCCAUGUCUGAACAACAAAAGAGAAAGAUGGUGAAAUGGGUAAAAGAACAGAUUGCCCAGAAGUAUUUCAACUGUACAAGGAGGCUACCAUCUGACUCAAAAUCAAUGCCGAUAAAGAACUGCAAACCCUCACUGGAAUGGCUGAACGCAGAGAGGCUGAGCAUGAUGGGACUGUUCAUCCCCCUUUUAGACCCAAGCGAUGUUGAUUCUGCUCCCAAAGAACAGCUGUGUAAAUAUUUCCGCUCAGGCCAGUUCAAAUCCGCCACAAGUAUGACCACCAAGAUGAAUCCCAGCCUGGGCAAAAAGUUGCUGCAAAAAAGUCAAGGGUGCUUCCGUGAAGAGGAGCUUGCUAUGAAUGUGGACAAGCUCGGCAUACUGGUCUGUCAUUAUUCUGCUGGUCCAAACUUGACACUUGACCUCAGCUGGAAACUCCUCUCUGAGCUGAACGAUCGCAAGGACUGUGGCAACCGAGGCAUCACAGGGCUGAGGAAACGCCUCGUCAAGAUUGUGGCGUCACAUACCAAUGGCUCUGAAGCAUUAUACAUGCUGGACAGAAAUAUUGCCUUGUUGUCUCCCAAACAACUGAGCGAGUUCCCUGACAAAGAUCUCAAAGAAGUUCUCAAAAAUUGGAGUUCUUCUGGAAAUCUCACCAUCCGAUGGAGGCCGGCCCAGCUGCGGGCCCUCGCCAAGAAACUGUUGGGCAAAAAGUUUGGAAAGGUUUCUGGCAAAGAGCUGAUGGACCUUCAGCCAGUUGUAGGGGGAUUGCCAACCUUUAUGUUCAAGCAUGUCAAGGAGAUCCUGAAUGAUACCGAGGGCCUAAAGAGGAUCUCCAAGUGGAUGAGGAAGGGGCAGCGGAUGGCCUUGCUGCAGGGGUCUUUUGGAGAUGUGGAUCUCCUACAGCUGGUGAAGAAGUUGCCUGGCGCUUUGCUUUACAGCCUUUCUCUAGACAAACUGAGGAAAGGAAACAUCACCUCUUGGGACCAAGUGGUGAAUAAAGAAUGGAAGCGGUCACAGGCAGCUUUCCUGGUCAAAAAGUUGUAUAAUUCAAAGAAGCCUUGGUACAAGAGACUGCAUUCACUUAUUCGGGGAGUAACCUGUAAGAUGAUUGACGAAGUAGCAGACAGCGACACAAAAGACAUGGCUCAGGCCAUAACAGAGACUCCACAGUGGGUCUCCAAACUGCAGGCAGGAUGUGUUGCCCGAAAGCUUUUUGCGACUUUGGAGAAAGAGAGAGCCGACUAUUUCAAAACCAUCACUGAGGAGGAGAUGGAAAACAUUCCCACAUGUUUACUUCUUCACCUGCCGCCUUUGAAGAUAAAGGAUUUGCCUGACUCUGUGUGUCCCACCUUCAUCGACAAGAUCGAAGAGGCCGACCUGAGCUUGUUACCUCGUCGUUCCCCGUCUCGCCCCGCACUCACCGAGAGAGCACUGCUUUGCCUGGCCAAAGGGACAAACUUAACUCGGCUGACCAAUGAGGAUGUGUCCAGCCUCAAACCUCUUCUGUGUGAGCUUCAGUCUUCCCAACUGCUCAAAAUGGCCCCUGAUGUCCGGAGCUCCAUACUCCAGGACAUGGCUGACUGCCAGUACAUUCCUCGACGCCACAGGGCAGAAAUAACUCAGCUGGUCACGCAGACAUUUGGGUAGGGACAGGCUCCCUGUGGACACUGGAGUUACUGCAGAGAAAGCUAGAGUGUGAUGUAUUUUUAUAAAAGAACAUAAUGCCUCUGGCCACGGCUGUCACAGGUGCAGAGACAUUAUGUUUUUGACUUUGUC